CCUUUAUUUUCAUUUAUUUUCACCCCCCCCUUUCUCUUUUUAAAGAAAAUUAUGCGGGGCGCCGCCAGGGCCAAAAGACAGACACCCCCCCCCCCCCAUUUUUUUUAAAUUUUGCUUUGAUCUGUUUGCUGUCCGCGGGAGAUUUUGUUUUUAAAGGUCUUGGCGCAGAAGGUUUACGAGGGAGGGAUCCCACUGACUUCAACCGGGGGCGGCUCUCGAGGAAGCCUGUGGUUUACUUUUUCUGCCCCCCCCCCUUUAAAGUGGAAACAAGUUGCUUAUUUGCUGGGGGGGGGGACCACGGGAAGCAACCCCCGAAGUUCCACUCCUUUGCAAAUCUGGUAUCGAUCUGCAAGUUCAGGGAGCGCCAGGAAGGGAGCGCCGGACGGAAAGGGAUUGACUCCGGUUCCAAGCCCGAUCCGAGGCCAUCAGUUUUCGCGAGUUUCUUCCAAGAAACUCGAAUUUGGAAUGACUCCCGAAUCACCUCCUCCCCCUUCCCCCCACCCCGCCCCUGGCACCAAAAUUACGGCCAGCAACUAGGGGAGCCGGGCGUGCGACCCUGAAAGCAGUUUACCCGGGCGUUUGCGCGAAUGGAGCGCAGGGGAUCUUACUUCCGAGUAGACCCGGCCGCCUCAAGGCUCUUCCCAGCUUCGGGCGCCGAAGUGAGCCCCAUCAGUUUUGACGGCCCCGGCCAAGAUCAUCGCGGUGGGUGCUGCUACUCGGGAGUAAGCCCCCCUCCCCGUUUCAAUGCACGGCACUGACAGUUCUUCGUCUCCGCAGCUUCCACCACGACCUGCUGCGACUCCGCAUCCCGAGCCGCGUCGGAUGCGACCACCGGCUCGACCCAGACGACCACCCUUCGCUGCCCCUCUUAUGAGAACCGCCUGCUGGCAGGAUCCAGGUCGGACCUCAAUGCCGCGCUGGGCAUGUACGGCUCGCCCUACGCCAGCCAAGGCUACGCCAACUACCUGCCUUACAACGCGGAUCCCUCCACCCUAUACACGACCCUGAACUCCCAGUACGAGAUCAAGGAAGGCGCCUCAACUUUACAUCCGGGGAUUCCUCAGCCGGCCACUGCUUAUUACACCUAUGAACAUUCCUUGGGGCAGUACCAAUAUGACAGGUAUGGAACUGUGGAUUUCAGCAGCUCGGCCAGACGCAAGAACGCCACCCGGGAGACCACCAGCACCCUCAAGACGUGGCUGUACGAGCAUCGGAAAAACCCCUACCCUACCAAAGGAGAGAAGAUCAUGCUGGCCAUCAUCACCAAAAUGACCCUGACGCAAGUAUCAACUUGGUUCGCCAAUGCGCGGAGGAGACUCAAGAAGGAGAACAAGAUGACCUGGUCUCCAAAGAACAAAAUGGGGGAAGAGAGGAGAGAGGAUACCAGGAGGCAUGGGGACGAUUGUAGCAGCGACAAUGAAGAUAAAGACCCAAAAAGUGGGAAAGAAGACAAGGAGCUGCGGCUGAGCGAUCUGGAGGACCUGGAUGAUGAGGAGGCGGAGACCAAGGCUGAAGCGGAGCUGAAACACCCCCAUCAGGACCGGCCAGUCGUCAUCAGCAGCGCCUUAGCAGAGUGCGAGAAAAACAACUGUGGCUUGACUCCGCCCAGCCACUUCCGGGUGUUUUCCUGCACCAAAAGCGAUCUGGCCACUUCGGGGGACUUUCUGAGCCACAAGGGGGCUGCCUUAGCGAGCCAUCUUGGCAGCCAUAGCCAAUCCUACGAAACUCCGGAGAAGCCCCGGAUCUGGUCUUUGGCCCAUACGGCAGGUGCCAACGUGGUUGUGGGACCCGCAAUCAACCCCGGUCCGAGGACAGAAAGCCCGGAUUGUUUAGUGCUCCGGGGAAGGCUCCCUGGGGCCGGAGGACAAUGCAGCGAGGAGAAGACGCUGGACAGCCUUGUACGGAUGCAACCCCUUCAUGACAAGGCCUUGGAGGAGCUGAGCCAGCCGACCAAAAUCUUUAGGAAUUCUGCUUUCAACUUGCAGUCCAUCUCACUGAACUGUGCUUCCUACCCCAUGCUAGGGGAGACCUGCCAGUACUCAGCUGGAGCUGAAGGGUUUGGGAGAACGGUAAGAGCCGCCCAUGGCUCUCUAGAUCUGAGCGAAGUUUGUCUCAGUCAGCAGAAGGACAAACUCCGAACAGCUUUCAGGCCGGUGCUGAAGAGGUGAGGCAGGCUAAUCGAGCGUUGGAGGAACUUCUCAAGAAGGUUCAGAACUACUAGGCUUUCCCAGGAAGUUGUCCAUCACUCCCGAUGCAAAUUCUCUCUUUCUCUCUCUUCACACCCUUCAAAGCAUGAACUGCGACUACAGCAUCGUUCUCAUGGUAGUGGUGGUGAAGGGAUCCUCCCACAUAUGCACAGCUCUUCAAGGUCACCACCCAAAGCCCAGCCAGAAAGGAACUGUUGGGAUUUGUUUCUGCUACGUUAUAUGAACAUGUCCCGCGCACUGAGCCACCAGGUCAUGCCAGAUCGAAGCAUCCAUCUGCAGCAUGUCUCAAUAAAUGCAUUCCGGAAGGUCUUGGCUUCCACGACAGGCCUGUUGUCUUCUUUAAAGAAAACCUCCAAUCUGUCAUAUGUGAUUUCUGAACAUAUGGGUCGUCCUCUUCCUUCUGUCUGCAUGGGAUGUGGAGCUUUUUUCCUUUCUGUCAGCCCUCGUCCUCAGUUUCUUUUUCUGAUCCUUUUGUCUUUUUAAUUUUUUUUAAAAAAAUAAGAUGUUCUUGUCAGCCAUUUUGUCGUGUGCUCUGAAGGGGAUUCUUGCGUAGUGCAAAAUGCAAUUUUGUUUAUUUCUUGUUCUUGUACAAAGAUGCCACAGAAAAUAUUUUUCAAAAUCUCUAAUUAAAAACCCGCCAAAUGAGUGUUGUUGAACGGAACUGUGAGCUUGAGCGGAAGGAUGCGCAAUUGAGUUUUGUUAUUCCUGAUUGUCAGUCUUGUGAGGAGGAUGGGAUGGUGGGACCUUACACACGGACUAUUUCAUAUUUCUUUGCACAUAUAAAGUUGCCGUACACUGCACUGGAUCAUUCCAUUCCAACCCCUUUAAUGGCAUAUACAAAACAUAACACAAUACCCUCUCAAUUGA